CUUGCGGCUUGCCUUCUUUUGUCCUCUUGUUCUUCAUCAGCAUCGCCAUUGAUUGAGAGAUUCCACGAUCCUUUCUCUCGGAGAAGAACAAGAGCAGUGAAGUAGGUAGAUUGAAGAAGGAAGAGCAGAUAAAAAAACGAGCUUGGAUGCUUUUCAUCCAUGAUAAUGCAGCGGCAACGCUUACAUUGCUUGCUGUCGCUGUUACUGGUAGUCGUUGAUGGCGGCUUGUCUUCGGAUGUAGUAGUAGUCUCUGCCUCGCCGUCGAGCGACGCGGCGGCGCUGCUCGCUUUCAAGGCCGCCGCUGAUUCCCGCGGCCGCCUUUCAUUCUCCCGCAACUCCACCCACUGCAUCUGGCCCGGUGUUUCCUGCUCGGCCAACGGACGCGUCAUCCGACUCCUCCUCGACUCCGCAGGCCUCGCCGGUACCUUCCCCAAGGGCACUCUUGGCCGCCUCGACCAACUCCGCCUCCUCAGCCUCCGCCUCAAUGCCCUUGCUGGCCCCCUUCCCGCCGAUCUCUCCCGACUUACCCUCCUUGACUCGCUCUUGCUUGAUGGCAACAUCUUCGCCGGCCCUUUCCCCUCUGCUGUCCUCUCCCUUAAAGGCCUUCGCUACCUCGGCCUCUCACACAACCGCCUCUCCGGCGAGAUCCCGCCCGCGCUCGCCGAUUUCGACGGCCUCGUCUCGCUCCGCCUCCAGGCCAACAGGUUCGACGGCCCGCUUCCGCCCUUUGGCCAGAGCUCCCUCAAGGAUUUCAACGUCUCGGAAAACAACCUCUCCGGUGCUGUCCCGGUGACAGCAGUGCUGGCCUCGUUCGACCCCUCCGCCUUCGUCGGUAACCCUGGCCUCUGCGGUGCUAUUGUCCGCAUGGAAUGCAUCUCCACCCCCUUCUUCCCCAGCGGAGGCAAUGGCGGCUCUCCGCCUGCUCCCGCGCCCAUCGUCGCCGAGGCGGCGCGACAGGCCGCCGCCUCGCCUCUCCCCUUCUCCACUCCGCUGGCGCCGGCGGCGUCCCACGCGAAGACCGCCGCUGCAAUCGGGUUCUUGGCCGGCUCCAUCGCCCUCAUCGGAAUCUUGGCCGUCUCCUUAGCCAUCAAGAAGAGGCGAAGGCGGAUGCGGCUUCAUCAGGAAGCAGAGUUGCUGACGUCCGCCAAGGACCCCACCAACAGCGCCGCCAGCGCCACGGAGAUCAACGUGGAGAGCUACAGCGAGGAGAUCGAGAACAUGAGCAGGGAGCUGGAGGCGGCGGCGGCCAUGGCGACGGCGGUCUCGGAGGAGAGGGUGAGGAAGAUGGGGAAAGCCGGGAGCUUGGUGUUCUGCGCCGGCGAGGCGCCGGCGUGCACGUUGGAGCAGCUGAUGCGGGCGUCGGCGGAGAUGCUGGGUAGGGGGAGCCUUGGGUCCACCUACAAGGCGGCGCUCAGCGGCGGCAAGCUGGCUGUGACCGUGAAGAGGCUGGACAAGAGGAAGUUGGCGGCGGCUUCCAAGGACCUGUUCGAGCGGCACAUGGACAAUGUGGGGAGGCUGCGCCACCCCAACUUGGUGCCUCUCCGGGCAUACUUCCGGGCCGAGGAAGAGAGGAUGCUGGUGUAUGAUUACCUGCCAAAUGGAAGCCUUCACUCCCUCAUUCAUGGUUCAAGAUCCACAAAGGCCAAGCCUUUGCACUGGACUUCAUGCUUAAAGAUAGCAGACGAUGUGGUGCAGGGCCUCGCGUACAUCCAUCAAGCUUCUCAUUUGGUUCACGGCAACAUCAAGUCCACCAAUGUUCUUCUUGGAUCCGAUUUUGAGGCCCGCCUGACCGACAAUUGUCUCUCAUUUCUCUUAGAACCAUCGGACAAUCAGAAUGCCUCAGGAUAUAGGGCACCCGAAACUCGAGUAUCCGAUCAGCAGCUGACCCCAAGUUCAGAUAUCUAUGCUUUUGGUGUGCUACUGUUGGAACUCCUCACAGGGAAGCCCCCAGUGCAUCAUCCAGUACUCAUACCAUCAGACCUCCUAGUUUGGGUUCAUUCAGUAAGAGAAGAUGGAGCGAGCAAUGAACACCUCGAGAUGAUAAUCGACAUUGCCGCUGCCUGCCUGCACUCUUCGCCGAAAUGCAGGCCAACUGCUUGGCAGGUGCUGAAGAUGAUCCAGGAAGUGAAGGAGCUUGAGCCGGGAGACAACAAUGAUUCAACGCGCUUAUCGUAGCUCCGUCUUAGCUGUUAUCUUCCUCCUACUUCUACCUCAAUGUAGCAUUGGCCCUCUAUAGAAGAGGAUGUUUUAGCUUGUCUAUAAGUCAAUGGCUCAGCAAUAUGCUUACUAGUCCAAAAGAAAAGUGCCUCAAAUUGAGCCAUGCUUGGUGUUUACUAGGGACUUGUUUUUUUUUUAUUGUUUUAUUAUUAUUUUUCCUGAUUAAAAAAGUGCUUAGUUAGGUUAUUGUAAUUUGUAUUGUUAAGCUAUAAUUUGGCCUAUGAUUAUUGUCGUUUGGUGUGA